AUGUCGAGCCCCUCUACAUCCGGAGGAACUUCGCACACCCAUCCGACAAGCGUCACCACUCCCGACGGAUAUCAAACUUCCAAAAAUGCAUGGCGUCCUUCAUAUCACUUGAUGCCGCGAAGUGGUUGGAUGAAUGAUCCCUGUGCUCCGGGGUACGAUCCGGCCACUGGCACAUACCAUAUCUCCUUUCAGUGGAAUCCCAAUGGCCCUGACUGGGGUGAUAUCUGCUGGGGCACUGCUGUUUCUACGGAUAUGAUAUCUUGGAAAAUCCAAGAAAACCCCAUUCUAUUACCAGACACGCACUAUGAUGCCAAAGGGGUUUUCACCGGUUGCUUUUUGAAAGGACACGACGGUUCCUUCAACUAUAUUUACACAAGUGUCAGCGCACUCCCCAUCCACCAUACUAUUCCUCAUGUGCGUGGAUGUGAAACAUUAAGCAUGGCAACGUCUCUUGAUGAUGGGCGCACGUGGGAGAAGAAUACCAGAAAUCCUAUCCUGCCAGGCGAGCCACCCGGUCUUGAUGUCACUGGCUGGCGUGAUCCCUUCUGCGCUCGCUGGGAGAACAUGAGCACAGUCCUGGGAAUGGACUCGCAAACUUUGCUCGGAAUAAUAUCAGGCGGUAUAAGGGAUGUGACACCAACCAGCUUUCUCUACAAAGUCAACGCAGAGGAUCCGUCGGAUUGGUCCUACCUUGGUCCUCUGGCGAACUUCGGUCUCAAUCUUAGACCAUCAAGGUGGUCCGGGGAUCUUGGGCGAAACUGGGAAGUCACCAAUUUUCUACCAAUAAAGGACCCGGAAACUCCCUCCUUGAACCACGACUUCCUCAUCAUGGGGACCGAAGGUUGCUUAGAGGACGCGAAUGGGUCACCUGUAACCGCAGGCCCAUCUCGUCCAAGUCGAGGUCAGCUCUGGAUGUCUGGGACUAUUCAGAAGCAACCUGGCUCCGGUGUUGCUCAAAUCUCUUAUGACUAUGGAGGUCACCUCGACCACGGAUGCAUGUACGCUGCCAACUCGUUUUUCGACCCAAAGAUCCAAAAGCAUGUUGUCUGGGGCUGGAUCACAGAAGAGGAUCUGUGUGAUGAACUGCGUCACCAGCAGGGCUGGAGUGGCAUGCUUUCAAUGCCACGCCAGAUUGAGAUGCAGACUUUGAAAAACGUGGUGAAGGCUCUCUCGUCCGAUCUCUCGUCUAUCACAUCCGUCAAACUGAGCCCCGAGGGUGGUGACAGGUUUACAGUUCAGACGCUCUCCACCCAACCAUACCAACCAUUGAUUGAAAGUCUCCGCGUGGGUUCAAGGCUAUCCAAACUCGCUCCCUCCAUACUCUCGUCCCAUGGAAACGAUGUCGCAUACCCACCAGAAGCCAGCCAAAGCAAACAGUGGGAGCUCCAAUGCUCUUUCAAACUGUCCACAUCCUGUACUGCUGUCGGCGUUUCAAUUGGACACACGCAAGACUUUGGUGAAUCCACCACCAUGACUUUUGACCCCCGGCUCGAGACAUUCACGAUCUCCCGCCCAUCGCUGGGCUUGCCACACGCGUCCUUGUUGAUCAACAGCUCCCCCGAAUCCGCUCCCCAUACCCUGUUUACCACCCACAACCCCGAAACGAAUGAAUUAACGACGGAGACGCUUGAUAUUAGGGCGUGGAGGGAUAACUCGGUUCUUGAAGUUUUCGUGAAUGGUCGCACGGCAAUCUCUACCCGUCUCUAUGCUGGUAGAGACACAUUUGGAAUUCGAUUUUUUGCGACUUCUGAUAUAGAAAAUGCAGGAAUCUCUGGUCAUACAAGAUUAGAGAGUGCGAUGCUGUGGGAUGGGAUUGGUGUUUAG